AUGUCUUCAAAAUCUAAAGGAUCUACAUCAACUACAGGAAAGAAUACAAGAUCUGUAAUGACAAAGAAUACUAUCAGAAACCUUAAAGGAAUUUCUACUGAUCAGAAAGAAACAAAGAAACAUUCUACAGUGGAAGGAAAACCAAUAGAAAAAAGAGGUAGAAGGAAGAAAAUUAAAGAAGAUGGUGAUAGCACAGAAGAUGAAAUUGAAGCAAAGCCAACAAAGAAAAGAGGGAGAAAGAAGAAAAUUAAAGAAGAUGUUGAUAGUACAGAAGAUGAAACUGAAGGAAUAUAUUUGUCUAGUGUGAAUGAGUGUGAGGAAGACAAUGAGAUUAUUGUCCAAUGGAAACAACAACAUCCCGAUGUAACAAAAUCGCAACAAACUCUUUGUGAACUUAUAGAAGUGUCAGAAAUUGCAGAUGAAAUGUUUGUGUUAAAUUUCAUCACAUUGUUUGUCAAUACAAUGAUAGAGAAAAAAGCAUGUGGAGGACUUCAUGGAAGCCAAGAAACAAAGGCGUUUACUAUGCUGGGCCACUUCCAUUCUUGCUAAAACAGAAUUGAAAAAACAUUGGAACAUGCACUUCAAAAAUAUGCAGAUGAUAAAGAACUAUGUGGAUGGUUUGAAAGGUUUGUGAACAUUGAAAAAGUGUUGAACAAAAACGAUGUCGAAUCAUUAAGAACCAAAGAAAAAGAAAAUGAAAAUGAGACAGGUGAUGAAGAAGCUACAAGAGAAAGAGAAUUUGAAAAAGUGUUGAAUGAAAACAUUGUUGAAUCAUCAAGAAUAAAAGAAAAUGAAAAUGAGACAGAUGAAGAAGAAGGUACAAGAGAAAGAGAAUACAAUAAUCCAAUAUUUGAAGAUAAUAUUCCAAAGACACCAAAUAUGGAGGAUGAACAAAAUGAUUUUCUUACCAAUGAAUCUCAAGGAGAAGAACCUUACCAAUCACCUUACAUGACACGAACAGUUGAAGUGAGAAAAAAGUUAGAAUCUGUUGAGACAAGGAUUUCAAAAUCCAUAUUCUCACUGCAAAAGGAUGGGAAUGGAGGUAUGUUGAUGAGACAUAUUGAAACUUUCAAAGGACAAGGGCCAAAUAAGUGGGAUUAUGAGAUUGAAAAAUAUCAAAAGCAGCAGAAAAAACAAUUGACAAAGCUUCGAUCAAAAUAUGUUACAAAGAUCUUGGUGAAUGAUAUCAACAUCCACAACAAGAUAAUAGAAGAAGGUCUUGAGUUUGAAAAGCCGACAAAAGAAGAACAAAAACACGUUGUGAAUCAUGCAAUGGAGAACUAUGAGGAAAGGUUUCACUUGUUUGGUCAAGAUUAA